AUGACGUAUUCAUUGUCCACAAACUUCAUUCCACAGCAAACCAAGCCAUCAUCACAGAUCGAUGACUAUUUUGGGGAUGUGGAGCCUUUCAUCAGAGGAAUUGAAGAUCUUGCUCCUGCAUUACGUGCUCAUUUGCUGGAAAUUUUCGACAGUCCUGAAGAUGUUGCGGAUUUAAAGCUUGAAAUUGCAGCUCUAAUUGAUGGUGGAAGAAGCUUUGUUACAACAACAUACAAUCUCGAAGGGGAUGGUCCUUUGAUAUUUACCUGCUAUCAGCACUUGACAGCUUUGGUUCAAACAGUGCAAUUGGGCGCUUCUCCCAGUUGUAGUAUAGCUUGCGUGGCAGGCCCUCAAAUUUAUGGGGGGCCUGAUUUGCAGCGGGCAGGAUUUUGGCGGGCUCCGGGGGAGGAUUAAGGGCCUGCAGGAAAGCCCCGCCUUUCAUGACUACACGCCCAGUCAUAACAUAAUUAAUUGUUUCUAAAAAUAUUCGCUUGCACGUAAACAUGUCAAUCAAACAAUAUUGCGAAUUAAACUCAAUACCGCUCAAAACUAUAAUACAAUUUAAUACAAUAUUGCAGAUUUUGUAAAUGUUGUUUUAAAUUAAACAGCAAUUUGGCAAUUUUAGUAAAAUUGUUCAUGAUCCAUCACAAAAAACCAUCAGAAAGAAAUUGUGCUCUCAGAUUUAAUAUAUGUGAGAAAGUAGGCUUUUGUUAAUACACUACAGUACUACACGAGAAGUUUCAACACCAUUACCAGCCCAAAGAUGUAGAAAUGUCAGAAAAGCGUAAACUGUUAAUUCCUGACACGCUGACCGUGGCGCUAGUCCAUUCAACCAAACUGAAUCAAAUCGCGUUUGUUCUCCGCGAUGUUUUCCGGGUAGUAUGUCUAUAACUGAAUCGAAAUCUGCACGUAAAAGUACAGUGCUUGUUCAGCAGCAAUACAAAAGAUGAUCUCACUGGCCAGUCAUCAAGAAAUAGCAAAGGUACUUCAGACAACGUGGAUGUAAAUACUGAUUCCGACGAUGUACCGAAGUAAGCUCAACAUCGACGGUUUGAAAACGUGUGAAGGGCGUUCGUCACUUAAAUUAACUGUGCUUAAAUCACUAAAAGUGCUUUUAGGUCAUCCGAAUGGGAAUAUUGUGACUCAAAACCCGACAAACAAAAAGUGGCUGGACCAUAGUGAUGAACGCCCUUCGCAUGUUUUCAAACUGUCGAUGUUGAGCUUAAUACUUUUAUAUAGUACAUCAUCAGAAUCAGUAUUUACAAUUUUACAUCCAUGCACGUUAAUUGUUUGCAAUUAUCCUGUGCUAUUUCCUGAUGACUGGCCAGUGAGAUCAUCUUUUGUAUUGCUGCUGAAUAAGAAAAAAUAGCCACCAUCGAUGUUCAAGAUAGAUCGAGGAUUAGAUAACAACAAUAUUGAAAUCAACAAAUACUACGGUUUUCCACUGACUUGGUAUUGACCAAUCAGGUGAUUGCAUUCACUGUCCAGAAUCUGAACGGCGUGUAGUCAUGAAAGGUGGGCUUUCCUGCAGGCCCUUAAUCCUCUCCCGGAGCCCGCCAAAAUCCUGCCCGCUGCAAAUCAGGCCCCCCAUAAAUUUGAGGGCCUGCCAUGCAGGCUAGUUGUAGUACUGCACUGUCACGUGAAAGAGCAAAUGGCAACCAGGUUAUUUUCAACCAACUGCUUGAAAGAGUGAAGUCUUGCAUCAAACCUGGCUUCCAAUACUACUUGAACAAAGUCAACAUUGAGUUCUAUGAUAUUAUGCGAGCAUUUCGAGGUGCAUGCUUGUGCUGUCCAGUACAAGUUCAUCGACUCCAACCUACCAUAGGGUCUUUAGAACUACUUCGUAAAUUUCCAUUCUUGGAUGAUGCAAUUAUUAAGUCAAGAACUUCCAAAUUACCUGGCUCUAUCAGAUGGUGUUCAAGUACAAACAGAAGAUGACAAAGUAAAGUGGUGGGCAAGGAAUGCAAGCACUCUUCCGAAAUGGGCAGCUGUUGUUAGAAAAAUCUUCUCGUUCACCCAAGUUCUGGUGCUGCUGAGAGAGUCUUUAGCCUUUUGAACAGUACCUUUUCAAAAGGCCAGGAAACUGCUUUAGAAGAAAUAGUCGAAGCGUCAAUCAUGUUGAAGUACAAUUCUACUCAGAGGGAAAAAGCUCAGUAACGGUUUUAAAUUGUGUAAAGAACAUUCUAAUAACCAAGUGCUUUGAGAGUUGUCAACUUCAUUGCAGCUUAAAACAAACAACAGGGACUCGAAAAACUUCCUUGCUUCUUGUCUCUUGUAUUCUCGUUGGUAAAUAGUUUUGAGUGUAUGCCAUUCACUCUUGAUUUCUUCUUCAGUUCGUUUUUCAAAACUUUACUUCAAAGGUGGCGCUGCCAGAUUUCUUGCAGUGAGGAUGAGCUGGCAGAAGCCCCCCUUCCACCCAUACAGAAAAGAAAAUCAAGCGAAGCAAACGAAGGCUGAACUGUACAAGACUUGCACCGAGUCAUUGAAAUCGAGCCAGGAGGAGAAGUUAACAAAGAUGAAACAUUUGGUAAAACCGUAG